AUGCUUCUGACCUCGUCGCUCUCCCCAAACUCAUCACACAGAAAGAUCUGCCAAAUCGAAGCAGCAGAACAUCCGCCCGCCAUGGCUACACAAUACGAAGUCGAGCACAACAUCAAGCCCGGGCCCUCAACCCAAGACGGAACCCGCCGCAUCGACAUGUCCUCCUUCACCUCCUUCCUCUCAAACCUCACAACCGACAACCACGCAGCCGCCUCCGCCGCCGCCGCCGCCCACCACAACCCCCACGCGACACCGACCCCCGUGGACGCAGCAGCCCUCUACACCCUCCUCCAACAACAGUUCCAAACCCUCUUCUCCACCGCGCCCAACACCCAAAACGCAGCCUUCCUCUCUUCCCUCGUCGAGGCCCUCGAAUCAGACAUCUCCUCCCCGCCCACCGAGAUCCCGGGCGUGUCCCACGAGUACCUCGACUCCCUCGACCGCGUCCCCAAGAAGUCCCUAAAGGAAGACGAGGCCUGCCCGAUCUGCGCCGAAAAGUUCCUCGACGACAAGUACCCGCUCGUCGUCGAGCUCCCCUGCCACAGCAGCCACCGCUUCGACCUCGAGUGCGUGAGCCCCUGGUUGAGGAGCAAGGGCAGCUGCCCGAUGUGUCGCAAGGAUUUGACCAAGAAGAAGGAGCCUGUUGUUGUGGUGGAUGAUGACGAGGAGAAUGAUGAUCCUGAUGGAUUGUAUGCGUAA